UAUGAUUUAUAUGUCUUUUAACAGACAUAGUAUAAAUAUAACCUUUGAAAAAGAGAUUUCUCGGUUAUUUUAUGAUAAUACAAUGUUUUUAACUAAUAUUCUACUCAAAAGAGUGAAAUCUAAACGGAUUAUGGUCCAAAUGGAAAGUGUGGUUAGUGGACAUAGAUAUAUUGCUAUAAGAGAUAGAUUAGCUGAAAAAUUAGAAGUUAUAAAAUUUGAUCCUUUUCUUCAAACAGAAUCUUUGUAUAGGGAAAAGAAAAAAAUUAGAAGUAUGAAGUAGAGUACACUCCUUGUCUAUGAUUUAUACCAUUUAUACUGUGAAGAUGUUCAUUGAUACGGAACUAUUGAUGUAUAUCUACCAUUGAACAAAAUACAUUUUAAAUGUA